UACGGACAUCGUUAGCAACGCAGCUGUAAUACACAAUGCGAUGUUUAACGUUUUCGAGGCUAUGCCACUUCGCAUCACGCAUCACACAUUCGAGACGACGCGAAUACAAGACAACACCCUAUAUGCAUCACUUGAGCUAGGCUACGAGAUGCAUAUAAACUCCCCUGCCAUCUCUCCCAGCUCCUCACCAACUUCCUAAGUUCUCACACCACAUUUUCAAGCCCAGGUCCAUCAACCUAUCAUCUUCGGACUACCACAAUCACUUACACACGAAGCUAUUACCCACCAACUACCACAAGCCUAACGGGCGCUCUAAGGACCGCCACAAUCAACCGUAACCCCGUACACCAUCAAGAUGGCCAACUGCAAUCACCGUGUCAUGAACCCGACCGACUCGAGACAACGCGAGAUCAUGCGCGCCUGGCUCCGCGCCGGCAAUCGCAUGCGCGACGGCGUGCACAACCCGGACCCCAACGACGAGCGGUACAAGUUCGGCCACAACAGCACCGGGAACCGCUAUGAAGACCCUACGUGGCGCCGCAUCGUCUCCGGGCAGCCAUCACACGGACAUAGGCGUUUUCACCAGCGUGCCAUUACGGAUGGACGCGAAAGUGCUACGUAUGGAGGCUUGCAUGAUGCGUCUUUCGCAACCAGUGGGGGUCAUGGCAGCGAUGGAUUAGUGACCAGGUUGCAGGCGCUUACAAUAGGCACGGGUACCAUGGAUGGCCAGUCAUCGAUGAUGAGGAGUUCGCGCCAAGGUCCGAGUUUGGGCGGAGUGCAAUCGGGACGAUCGUUCGCAGCGAUCACUGCUCCAGGCGGAGCGAGCAUGAGGGCAGACAUCGGUGGCAACAUGGGCAGCUACAAUGCUGGCGGGACCGCGAACUUCCAGCAGCCCUCGAGAAAGUCGCACAAAGACUCGAUGAUGGCAUCGUCCCGCCAGGGACCUAGUUUAGGCAAUGUGGCAGCUGGAACCAUGACGAUGGCGUCGGAUGGGUCAAUGAUGCGGUCGAGUCGUCAGGGACCGAGUGUAGGUAUUGGGGAUUCAUUCAGAGGGUUGAGUCAGCGCGGAUCUGGACUCGGAAACAUGAGCACGGGUUCUACUAUGCCGGGACGCCGCCGACGAUUCUAGCAAUUAGAGAUACACCGGAACCGGGAGGAAUUAUCUCUAAUCUGAAGGGAAGAGAGUCUAAGCGGUGGGAAAAUUUGUUGAUUGGGACUUUAUAGAUUGAAUGCCGGUAGUAGCUGAGCAAGCCCAUAUGAACCUUGUCUAAGGAUAUAAUGUGUACAGAUACAUCGUUACGUUGAGAUCAAUGCUUGAUAGGGAAUUGAUCUCGGAUCUGCCAUAACCUGAA